AUGAAGAGACUCGGGUGCAGUACGAUAAGACACAAGAAGGGUUUGAACCACAUCAUGGCCUGGACGCGAGGCGCAGGAAGGAUAGUCAAACAACCCAAACGAUUGGUUUGGGCCCUGAAGGACAAAUCGGAGUUCACCAGGAAUGUCGACCGAGUUCACGUCUUGAUCGAUGGCUUGCUCCAAACACUUUCACCAGAUUAUAUGGCUCAAUUGAUUCGACAAAACCAAGAGAUCCUCCUAGGCAUGACGGCAAUGAGCAAGAAUGUGAACGAGCUGUUGACCCUACACCAUAUGGCGGCCCAGGGUUCAGCGCAAAGCAUCUUCAACGGUUCCGUUGCUUCUUGGGGCGGAUCUACUCUGGUAAAUCGAAGUAGCUUGGAAGAAGAAGAAGAAGUUGCUGGCGGAGACCUGAUCUGCUCGGAGAAAGCCUUCAAAAUGUUGAUCUCGCAAGUCACAGGCUUCUCCAUACGAGUGAAGAAGACACCUUCUGGCCCUCUCGCAGAUACAGAGCUUACGAAGACCGUCAUCGCUUCAAUAGUGCUCGACGACGUCACUGAUUCAACGCUUCGCCAAAGUGCAAAAGUUGAAGGUCAGCCGGCAUGGAUCGAGUGGAAACCAUAUACGACAGAGCCGCACUACCUUGGUGAAGGUAGAACCGAGACCAGACCACAUGCAACAAUCUUGAGUCGCGCGCAACGUCUAGGAUCACUCCUGCAGACCCCAGAAAAGCCAAAAGAAUUCUGCGUGCCACCGUUCCUGGGACUGUACGACGAUCGAAAGCGAAACAGAUUUGGCUUCGUUUACCGUCCACCGGCCGAAUCGAUUGAUGAGUCCAUUGGAACGACGUUGUCAGCUCGACUGCAGGAUAAGCCAGCAGCACUCGGAGAGCGCGUAGCUAUCGCGCAGCAAUUGACGCAGUGGCUGCUAUAUCUUCACACCGUUGAUUGGUUACACAAAGGCAUAAGACCGGAGGCAAUCGUGUUCUUUCCCAGGAAAGGCGUGAGGACUUUCGGUCCAGCGUACAUCAGUGGAUUCGAGUAUUCCAGAGUUAUUGAUAUGGACACCGUGACGACGGGACCAGGAGAGACCGAUCUCAAAUCCGCAUUCUAUAUUCAUCCCGACUACUCUCGCGGCAAUAGAUUCCGAAAGACAUAUGAUAUAUACUCUAUCGGGAUCAUACUCAUCGAGCUGGCUUGCUGGAAGCCCAUCAGCCAAGUCUUGUCCGAACUGUCGAAGAAGGAUGGACAUCCUCAGACCAAGGGGAGCCAUAGACCCCAGAGCACUCGGGACAAGAUUUUAGAUCCAGAGCAAGGCGUAAUGGCCCUCGUUGAGCAAUCCAUGGGCGGGAAGUAUGCCACAGCCGUCCAGGCAUGUAUCGAAGGCAUGCCGGCAUUUGGACUCUCCGAAGACAAAGAUCAGGCUGAUGCUCUUAUUUCUGGACUCCUUCAACAUGCUUUUAUCCGUGUUGUGGUCAACCCUUUGCAGAGUAUAGUUGUGUGAUGUGGUCCCAGUGAUCAUCGCGAUAGAUGCAUUCAUUCCAGCUCAAUUCUUGCUCUCAGCCCUCUCUCGAUCAUCACCCCAUGCCACUGCCUCAGCUCACGAUCACUGCAGCUGUCGCGCAGGUGCUGCAUGCCCAAGAUAAUCCAGAAUUUGCACCAGGGUAAAUGCCGCAAGCCAUCUAAAAAGACCUGCUUUGCCUUGCUUUCGCUCUCCAGUCUUCCCAGCUCCCAAUUAAACCACGUCAGCCACAGUGCAGGUGAAUGCCUCACAUUGCUGUCCAUGUGGAGAAGUGCUUUGGAGAAUGUUGCUCGUAUGACAUUGCCCGUGGUCCCAUACGUCUCAUU